CUGACGUCAUAGUAAUGGAGGCCCGUGUAAACAGACGGAGUACUGCUGUUCUCUGAGGAAAAAAACAAAACAAAAAAUUGAAAAAAAAAAAAACUUUCUCUGUCUUUCUGAAAAUGACGACAAUGGACUGCGAACGAAUGGACAGUCUGGACGGCUGGGUAGCCAUCAGACCCAACGUCUUUGAAGAAAACGAGAAGUUCAAGUUAGGCUUUAUCGUGGAGUGGAAUGUAAUCGAAAGCAAGUUUGCUGUCACUUGUCAUAAUCGGACGCUGCAGAGGCAGCAGAAAAAGAGCGAGCUCUCAGGACUGGACACGCAAACCAGCUGGGCCGGACUGUUUUCGGUUUGUGAUUUAAAAAACGUUCACAGGCAGUUGACCAGUGUCAACGACGUGCUGCAGCAAUGUUUCCCCAGCCUGAGCGAGUUUGAAGGAGGAAAUAUUUGGGAUGUUUUAUUCCUGACCAAGGCAGCUGGUAACAGCGCAGAAAACCCAGUCAGGGACUUGGACUCACCCUGCAGGCAAUUGGAGAAAUACUUCAACGCAGCUAUUGAUGUCUGUGGUCGGAAAAUCGUGCUGGACUGUCUGUUUGCGCAGGAUGACAGGGACGUGGAGGAAUACUUCGAGAACCUCCACGAGUUUAAACAGAAGAGUUUGGAGGCGCAGGUGGCGAGAACUAAAGAAGAUCUGAGACAGAUAAUCCGUUGCCAUAAAACUGCUGACAAGAUGGUUGCUCUGUUAAAGAUUUAUGAAGAAGAAGAUGAGGCUUACCAGGAAUUAGUUACCGUGGCAACACAGUUUUACCAGUACCUGCUGCAACCCUUCAGAGACAUGAGGGAACUAGCAAUGCUGUAUAAAAUGGAGAUCCUGAAAUCCUUGGAAUUUGAUGAUCUGGGUCCAAAAAGAAUAGAAGCUCUGCAGAAGGAAGCUGACGAGUGGAGGAAACAAGCCGAGGAUGCUGUCUGCUCUAUUCAGGACAUCACUGUGAACUACUUUGUAGAAACCUCAAAGGCACUGGCAGGGAUGCACAAGCAGAUGGUGGAGGAUAAGAAGAGGUUUGGCCAGGCGUCCUGGGCCUCUGCUGCCCCCAGACUGGAGAAGGUGAAAUUCAUGUUGGCCAAGGAGACGCUGCAGCACAUGAGAGCCAAGGACAUGUGCCUGAACCGCAAGAAAGCAGACAUCAGGAAUAGUAUGGAGAGUCUUGCUGAUCAAAAGGACAGCGUGGAGGCCGUCGAUAAAUUGGAAAUGCAGUAUUACGAGGCACAGCUGGAGUUAUACGACGUGAAGUUUGAGAUUUUGAAGAAUGAAGAGAUGCUGUUACUGGCUCAGUUAGACACUGUACGGAGACAGAUUAAAGAGAUGAAAGAGGAGGUUGUGUAUUACGACACAUGUGAGAAUCUGGAUGAGUUGCUCACAGCUGAGCAGACUGGGGGACUGAGAGACACAACCUCGUCGGAAAUGAAGACUCUGCAUCGACGCCUUCAGCAGCUGGAGGCCCAGAGAGGAGGCAUCUGCUCAAGGAGGGCCUAUCUGAGGAACAAGAAGGAUCAGUGUGUGGAGGCCCAUCAGCUCAAGCACAGACAGGCAAAAGACAGCACAGUGCGCUUCCAGCAGCACCACAGCAUUCAGAUGAAAAGAGAGCAGAAUAGGGACGAGGACAGGAAGAAGAAGGAGUGGGUGGACCAGGAACGGCAGAAGACAUUGCACAGACUGAAGGCCUUUAGAGAGAAAUGCCCAGCAAGUCUCGUGUUAAAGGCACCCUGUUCCCAAGCAGCGGCCAUAAAAACCACAAAGAAACCCAAGAAAAACAAGGGUGGCCAGAAUAAGCAGAACGACAUCCCCGUUCAGAUCUUCCUCCCGCCCGGCUCUCCUCCCCAGCCAGGAGAGAGUGAGAGGGUGCCGAGCCAAGCCUCUCCUCCUCUCUCUCCCCCUCCUCCUCCUCCCCCCCUCCCUCCGCCGCCCCCACUCCCUCCUGCUCUCUCCACACCCUCACACCUACAGCCCGACGGGCCUCGACCCCUCAUCUGUGAAAGACCGCAAGCGCCCGACUCUACGAAAAAUUCUCUGAAACAAAACAUAGGUUCAAUGGACGAGGUUUUGGCCUCUUUGAAGCGAGGCCAGAUCUUACUGAAGAAAGUAGAGCAGCCUGACCAAGCAGCCACCAACAGACCUGCAGACAUCCGAGACAGCAUCUUAUCAGCCAUCAGACACGGAGUCGCUCUGAAGAAGAUAAAACGUGUGCCUAACAGGGACACAAACAAGCAGUCAGGGAACGAGCUGGAGCGCAGUAUCAAAGCAGCCAUGCAAAGGAUGAAAAACGUUUCCUCCGAUUCGGACGACGAGGACAGAGGGGACUGCCAGUCAGGAGAGUGGGACAGCUAGGCACCCAGCUGCCCAGGAAUGACAGACUGACUGACAGACUGACAGACAGGAAUCAUGAAGAGUUGCUAUUGUGAGAACAACGAGUUGGUGAAUUUAUUUUUUCUUCUUUUUCUUCUUUUUUUUUUUUUUUUUAAAUUCAACAAACAUUUCUCUGGCUUGAAACAUCUAUUUGACCUUUUUGUUUUGAAGUGUCAUUUAAUAUGUCUUUGUAAAACUGAUACCAGAACACUGGAAAUGCGAUUUUCUGGGUUGUUAGACAAAAAUGUACAAACACACGUACAUUCAAAGGUAAAAAAGGCUUUUCCUCAUGCCUUUGUCAGUUUGCACCUGGCUGGGCUUUAUUAUUAUAAAAUGCUUGAUGCAAGUAUAACAUUCUAGAAGGAAGUCAAAUAUUUAUUUAUGUAGCUAAUACAUAAAGUGAACAGUGCGUUUGUGCGCAGUUGAAAUCAUUGCCAAAUAAAUUACAGAAAUGUAGCCAUCAAAUAUGUGGAAAACCAUAUGAACAAGGGUAUGUUUUGUAUUUAUAUCAAGUAGUUUAUUUAAUGCUCCAAGAAUUAAGCAUUAUAAAAAGCUAGAACUCACACAUAAAACAAGUGUAUGAGUGACACUUGCAAUUGAAGAAGAUCAAGAGCCACUCAUCUUGCACUGAUAGCACUGUGCACUUUUUUGCAUUUUCAUCCCUUUAUAAAAAGUGCCUUGAAUGCCUUCUGUGCUGCUGAAUUAAUGAAUCCGUAGAAAUUAUGCAUUUGAAUAGUUCAGUUUUAAAGGAGGAAAACAAAGACCUACCAAGUCUUUGCUGUCCCUUCUUUGGGGUUUGCUGCUUUGCAUGGCCUCAGAACCCCCUCGGAUAGAGAUGUCAUGCUUGUGUUGACAGGCUCAUAUGCAGUGGAAGAUGAUUCAGAGCACGGCCACUACAUUCUUUUUUGUUUUUCAGAUAUUCUUUGUUUUUAAGCGAGUUCUUGUUCACAACUUAACAGGCUAGCACAUAAAACCUUCGAACACCAGUAAUGAAAUUGUUUAAAUAGAAGUCCCAUUGAUUUAGGCAGGCCGUACCACUGUUGCAAAUGUCCAGCUUUCCGUAAGCAGCCUUGUUUAUUAGCUUUGCCAUCCGGUGGGUGCAGAAACUACAGCAGUUAUUUAUUUCUAAUUAUAAAACUAUCCCUUAAGCAUGCCUGCAAUUGAAACCAUUCAGCGCAGGUAUUUAUUUGUAGCAUCUAACGGAACACCAAAGCCAUGAACCUAAUGUAAACAAACAGGAUUAUUCUUUGAUUUAUCUACAGGCCCCCCAUAUUACAUUGUAUGGUAAUGCUUGCAAAUGGCUGGUUUAGAACCUGUGUUAUGUAAAUGAAUGGAACUUGAAUUUCUUCAUCUGUUUAUUGUCUAAGCACUGUAUUUAAGCUGAGUGGUAACAUAUUACAGGCAUAUCUUUUUUAGUGUAACAAGGUAUAAUAACACAAUGGUCAUACUGUCAAUAAAUAAGAAGCUGUUAUUUAACAUGACAGAUAUCCUGGCAUUGCUUUGCAGGUCACAUGCAUUUAUUUUAUAUAAUGUAUUCUCUAUACUAUAUAUUAUUAUUGUUAAGUUGGGUAGCAAAUGAGUUAUUGCCCAUAUGUAAGUACAUAUGUUGUUUUAAAUAUUAUUUUUAAUAACUCCAAUAAACAAACCUUAGCAAAACACUCUUGCACCCUUUGAAGUAAAUCGACUACCAGUUUAUUUACAGAUCCUAUUCCAGCUAGUCCAGAGUACUGAUCAUAAUUUAUACCAUACUAAAAAUGACAUGUCUUUAUAUUAUGUUUACUGUAUUAUAUUUCAUCACACAUCUGUAAUAAAUUCGGGUCAAACCCAAUAGACA